AUGGGGAAAAAGAAGAUCCAAUAUGAUGGAGGUCACUACUCACGGGGCCCAUACCACAAAGACCAACUCAGACCUCCUUCAGCAGGACCUGGAGAGUAUGGCGGGUUGGAGCGCCACGCCCUGUAUGAGAGCGCGGUGCAGAGCCCCCAGGGGGACAUCUCAUACCUGCUGCGCUUCUACAAGCUCUACGUGGGCAUGCGGGUACCAGAGCAUCUACGCGAGGACUUCUGCGGCACAGCGCUGAUCUCAGCAACCUGGUGCCGGGGGGAUGUUAGGCGGACAGCCAUCGGGCUGGACAUUGACCACCAGGCGCUCCAAUGGGGACUCUCACACCACGGCGACGGCCUAACAGAGGAUCCCCGGCCGCGGCUGAGCCUCUUCCAGGGGGAUGUGCGUGAACCUCUGGAUGCUGGGCAACUGGUCACGCCGCCAUCUGCGCCCACGGAUGCAGCUGAAGCCGUGGCUCGCAUGACAGUCACAGCGAAGGUCGACGAAGAAGCUAAUGGGAGCAGUAGCGGCGGUGGAGCGCAGGAGGCAAGUGCUGCUGAGGUGCAGCAUGGGAGUGAGUCAGAGGAUGACGGAGAGGAAGCAGAAGGCAGCGGCAGCUGCGCAGCAAAGCCGGUUGAUAUAAGCUGCGCCCUGAACUUCAGCGUCUGCCUCUUACACCUGCGCUCAGAUGUCGUGAGGUAUUUCCGGCAUGCGCGGCAGGCGAUGAAUCCGCAGGGGGGCAUCUUUGUAAUGGAUUUGCUGGGCGGCCACGCGGCAGAGUCGACGGUGUCUACCCCUCGCCACAACGAGAUUACGGGCGCGCACUUUGUGUGGGAGCAGGAAGGAUACAACCCCUGCACGCGCCACAUCCGCUGCUACAUCCACCUCAGAGACCCCGCCACGCGCAAGAUGUUGCGGCGGGCGUUCAGGUACGACUGGCGGCUGUGGACGAUCCCUGAGCUAGCUGAGAUGCUGGAGGAGGCAGGCUUCGACGGCAUGAGAGCCUGGCUGCGGCCGAUGAAGGAGGGACCUGAUGAUGACAGCGAAGGAGGCAGCUGCAGCUCUGAGUCUAGCGAGGAUGGAGAAGCAGACUUUGUGGAGUACACAAGCAAGGCAUUUGAUAGCAGACAGAUGGAUAUGCUGAGCAAGGGUUGGACAGCUUUCAUUGUGGGCAUUGUUGCCCCUUGA